UUUACUCUUCUAUAUUUCCGUUCUCAUGUAAAUCAUUGGGGGUGUUAUGGACUUUAAACAGUCACAACCCAAAAAAACCCUUCCCGUCAUUUCUGCCUAGAUUCCCGCUAAUAACCACAACAAGAUUUUUUUUUUCUUGCUUUGUAGGAAAUCCCCUUGCAAUGUACCGCAUCAGCCGUUUGAACAAGAUUAUCAAAGUAUCAGGCUUCCAUACUUUGGCACCAUGUUCAGCCAUUAGUCGAUUUAAUUUACCUGCCAUGAGUCCUACAAUGACCGAAGGCACGAUUCACAAGUGGAAAAAGCAAGAAGGCGAGACAUUUUCAGCAGGUGAUGUCCUUUUAGAAUUGGAGACGGAUAAAGCACAAAUUGAUGUUGAGGCUCCUGAAGACGGCGUGUUGGCCAAGAUUAUUCUCAAGGAAGGUAACAAGGCGCCUGUAAAUACGUUGAUUGCCCUUAUUGCAGAAGAAGGGGAUGAUCUUUCGAAUAUCGAAAUUCCAGAGGAAGAAAAAGAAGCUCCUGCAGUCAAAGUAGAAGAAAAGGAACAAGAGAACAAGAAGGCUCCUGAGGCAAGCAAGGGACCUGCAGUAUCACCUAUUUCGCAUCAUGAUAUUGAUACCAAGCAACUUAAAAAGCCACUGUCUCCUGCUGUUUUAAGUUUAGUCUUAAAGUAUGGUAUCAAGGAUGUGGGUAGUAUUAAGCCAUCGGGAUAUGGUGGCCGUAUCUUGAAGGGUGAUGUACUUGCUCAUCUUGGAUUGAUUGCUCCUAAACCUGCUCCUCAGCCCAACUUUACAGCAGCUCCUCCUCGAGAUCAGAUUGUGUUUGCAAAGGUAGUACAGAUGAUAUAAAAGGAGAAUCUUUUUUUUAAUUUUUUGUACUAUAGUCACUCAAGGAGGGGAAGAAGGAAGGGGAGAAGAAAGAAGACAAGGCUCCUAAGUUUAUAAGUAAACAAAUAGCCAUGGAUAAAGUGCAGAUGGAUGUAACCGAAUUCAUUCACAU